GUCGCGCAGUCAGCGUCUUUGUCCCUCGCGAACGCGGCCAGCGUGCGUAGUGACACCGGUCAGAACGCCGGCGUAACCGAUAGUCUCGGCACACAAACACAAGUGGUGUGUGCUAGCCCUAACCACGCCGCAGCUCGGGGCGACUGUGAAUUGACCGGCCUUGAUCGCUCUCAAAUCGUCGCACUGCGUCGUGAAAGAUGGCCGUGGGACUUAAGGAAGACGGCCAAGCGCCUUCCCACGCAGGCAUGAAUGCCGACAAGCUAAACAAGCUCCAGGCUCAAGUCCGCAUCGGCGGCAAGGGCACAGCACGCCGGAAGAAAAAGGUGGUCCACAGGACAGCCACAACAGAUGACAAGAAGCUGCAGAGUUCCCUCAAGAAGCUCACUGUAAAUAACAUCCCAGGAAUCGAAGAGGUAAACAUGAUCAAGGAAGAUGGCUCGGUGAUCCAUUUCAACAACCCCAAAGUUCAGGCUUCCUUGGCAGCCAACACAUUUGCAGUCACGGGCCAUGCUGAGACAAAACAAAUCACCGAGAUGCUUCCUGGAAUCCUGAACCAGCUUGGGGCUGAGAGCUUGACACACCUGAAGAGGCUGGCCAGUGUACAGAGUGCAAUGGUGAGCCAUUCGGAACAAAGUGGAGGUGCUGGUGCCUGUGCUGGCGAUGAUGAAGACGAUGAUGUUCCAGAUUUGGUUGAGAACUUCGAUGAACCUUCAAAGGCUGAAGUACUCUAGGCUGUUUGUUCACCAAAAGCAAACACAAGGACAUGCAACAUUUUGCAGGAGUGGGCUCAAAGCAGCAAGUGAGAAGAUGAAGCAAAAUGGUGCUCAUCAACAGCAUCGCUUGCAAAUGCUUGCGGUUCUCCCAGUGUUUUCUCUCGCGGUGCCACGCUGGCAUUGUGUGCAUCUGCAGGACUUUUUUUUUGUUAAGUGUAUCAUCAUUAUUGAUAGUUUGCAGGUUGUUUUGGGGCUGUCUGGGGAGGGGUGUAACAGCUCUGUGUCAAAAAGCAUUGGUCGGAAAGUACCGAGAAUAAAGUGCUGCAAAGCAGAUCUGCCCACA